CCUGUUUGUAGUUUUUUUUUUCUUUUUAUCUUGCGCGUUUCACUUUUGAAGUAGGUCGUCGAGGAAAUCCCGGAAAUAGAAAUAAACUGCUUUACUUGGACUUUUCCAGCACAUUUUCGGGAUGGCCACCGCGCCUGAGUACUCACUUCACAUGAGGUCGACGGAUCUCAUUAUAAAAGAACCCCUGGAUUACGGAGGUUUUGGAGAAGUUUACUUAUGUUAUCAUGUGACGCUGGGACAGGUGGUGUUAAAGACUAUGUACACUGGACGUCUACGCAACGAGGAGAGUAAAAAAUCACUACUGGAGGAGGGAAAGAUCAUGGCGAGCCUGAACCACGAGCGAGUGGUCAAGUUGCUGGGUGUGAUUAUGGAGGAUCGAGAUUGCUCUCUUGUCAUGGAACUCAUCCCCAGAGGCAACCUACUGGACAUGCUGGAGACUGUCAGUGUGCCGAUAUCUAUCAAGGGAAGAAUCAUCUUAGAGAUUUUGGAGGGCAUGAUGUACCUCACAGAAAAGAAUGUCAUACACAAGGACAUCAAGCCGGAAAACAUCUUAGUGGACAAGGAUUUUCACAUCAAGAUUGCAGAUCUUGGUCUGGCCACCUGCCAAACGUGGAGUAAACUCACCAAGGAGGAAUCUCGAAGGAAGAGCCGUAUGAGGCAAUCGACUGGUGUGAGAGGAGCUGGCACACUGAGCUACAUGGCCCCGGAGCACCUGGAGAGUAUUCAUAAUCCCUCCACUGAGAAGUCUGACGUGUACAGUUUUGCCAUCGUGGUGUGGGUCAUUCUCACAGGGGAAGAGCCAUAUGCAAAUGCCAGGAGUGAAGACCAAAUCAGCCAGUGUGUUCGUAACGGUGACCGACCGGCAGAGGAUCUUAUUCCAGGGGACACGCCUUCUGAAAUAAUUCAGCUCAUGAAAAGAUGCUGGGAUCGCAAUCCUCAGGAACGACCGACUUUUAAAGAGGCCUACAACAUCUUCCGUCCUUUCUACAUGGAAAACCUUGAACCACUUGUAGAGAAAGAUUUACUUCACCUGAAGAAUUCAUACGAAGGCCCAGAGGAUCUUGUUGAAAAGAUGAAGUCUUUAUCAGUGACCCCUGAAAGUUUUUCAGGAGAUUGCCCCGCUCCGUUGAUAAGUUCAGACAGAAGCGUGUCCGUGCCAGUUGAAGCCAGUAUCGAGGAUCUGCACGGCAACCAAUAUGAACAAUGUGCAGGGCAUCUUCAGACAGAUGCUAAGGCAAGUAACAGCCCUUCAGAGUUGCAGGAGAAGCUCGAUCGGGAGCUUCAGUACCACAAACACGGCAGUUAUAACUGUGAGAACCACUCCGAUGCUGGCAACUCCUUCCAUACCGCAAAUCCUUUCCUGCAAAGCAACGUCAGCAUUUCGGAUUACUCUGCACGGCAACCAGAGCAAGAAAAAUCUUCUGUACUUUCCUGGACAAAAGCUGAGCCGUUGCAGCCCACAAACCAGGAAGAGCCUUGGUAUCGUCUCCCUGCAGGUGCCUUUGAGACCUCUUCCACAUCUACUCCAUUCCACUUACCUAUGUCUUCGAGCACACCCUCUCUGUCAGCGUUUAACCAGCAACAUCCCCACUCCCACUUGGACCGGCAGCAGUCCUGGCCAACUUACCCAGUGUCUGAUACGUCUGCCCCUGACCUCACCUCUGGACAUCUUUUGACCACUUCAAAGAGUUGCCAGAUGCACGAUCAGGGAUCCCUUUACAUUCAGAACGCCAGCGGGAUUCAGAUUGGAAGCAACAACACAAUGAGCAUCAGAGGUUAUGACCCCUCUCUUAGCUUGUCAUCUGUAUCUGCUAACAGCUCAACUAACUCUCCCAUCAAAGAAGGCAUUCAGAAAUAUGAGGACCAUGCUGUGACGGAGGAGCACCUGGACGUGCUGAGAGAAAACAUCGGGACCAAGUGGAAGCGCUGUGCGCGACGUUUGGGUCUGACCAAUGUGGAUAUAGAGACCAUAGAGCAUGACUGCUAUCGUGAUGGUCUGCCAGAAAUGGUGCACCAGAUGCUGGAACGCUGGAAAAUGAAGGAGGGCUGUAUUGGGUGUACAGUUGGGAAGCUUUGCCGAGCUCUAGACGGAAACAUAAAGGUAGAUGUCAUCCAGAAAAUACUGGACAUCUGCAAUUCGUCUUCCUCACUGGGAUAAAACUUACAGCAACUGACGUGUCUCAUUCUCUCUGAAUGAUUUAUCAUCUACGGUGGCCACAAUUAUAAACUCUGCUAAUGGCUCUGAGCCUGAAGGAUCACUUUAGUAGAGGUGGACACACUGAAAACUUAUCACCUCAUCUGAAAUACAUUUUUCUGCUUUUCAAAAAUGAUAAACAUAGAGCUUAAUGUCAGUCGUUACUAGGGAUGGGUACCGGUGUGUUCUGACAUAAACGGUAGUAACCAGACCGAAAAGCAGCGCACAUUUCGGUGCUUUAUUUCGGUGCUUUUUUUUCCUGAGCCAAUUCUAGCCAAUCAUUUUACG